AUAUUUCAUUUAUGAAAGCGUUGGCUGCAUUUUUUUUUCCUGAUUUCAUGAAAUCUGUCCGGUUUAAGCCCUAGAGAAUGCAGCAUCUUGUGGGUGGAGGAUCUUACAACACAAGCAUGAGUACAUGCUCCAAAAAUACUUAUGUUGUGCUUGAAAUAGCCCAGUUUGUUUCAGUCAUGUCCAAAACAGUACCAAGGAAUGUUCUCUGAAAGUCUCUGAACAGGCCGUUUUCUGAAUACAUCAUCAUUGAAUCAUCACUCAUUAUGGAUUUUCUGUACCCCUCAUGCCAACUGUGGAGGCGGCUUCACAUACAUUGUCAUUUUAUUUUAUGCAAUACCAGGGAUGUAGUUUAUGAAUGGCAAACACUGGAUUUAGGUAUACUCACAGGAACUCUGUCAUCAGUUGACUCUAAAUUAGUGCAGGGACACUUUCUAUCGAACAACAGGAUGUUGAUCUUCACUAAUGGGGAUUUAUCUCUUGUUUUCCGAAUCGCUAUCAAUACUACGCAGUAAUUGUUUCGAGCCACAGUUUACGAUGGGACUGAAGCUUUGUAAUCAGUACUUAGGUCACAAUGCAUCCGAAACAAAUUAGUCAUUAGUAAUCAUUUUCAGUCAUGUGGGUAUAUUACAGCGCAUAUAUUACCCUUACAAUUUUUCAAGCAUACUAAAAAAAGAGUACAAUACAUCUUCGUGACAUUGCAUUUGUAGCCAGCAUAAUUACAGAUAGGUCAACACUUUUGUAGUAGUAAAAAAGUGGUGAUCAGUCUAAAUGUCACAGGUGGAAAUGAGGGGCUCCCUUGUCAAAACUUUCAAGAGCUAAACGUCAUCUGGCAUAAAUGUGAAGUUAUCCUUUAAUCAUCCACCAAAUGAAUGAAUGAUUUAAGCUCAAACCACAUGAGUGGAGCUGGUUAGCCUACUUGCCCAGAGGAUGAUGGGGUGCAUUUGAGUGCCUAAAAAAAUCAAUGGUGCACAAUCAAUGUCUCUAUGUUGAAGUGCUUUCCCCUCUCGGUACGGUUCAUUUUGUGCCACAUGGAACAAUUCACAAAGAGGGUCACAGUCGCCACUCACACACAGAAACAGCACAGGAGCUAAAGGUCCACUGAAGCCCAGUUGUUUAGUAGUGUUCUAAGGCAACAGGCUAAACCUGUGGGAUUGUCCAUCAAAAUGACAGACUUCACUGAAGAGGACUUGGACCACUUCCUGCAAAAUCAGGUGGACCUGAGGCAUCGGCUGGUGUCCAAAACAGUGGAGGAGGUCCAGAAGAUCAUAAAGGACCUCACGGCUGAAGUUAGUAUUAAGGAUGCUCGCUUUCUGUCCAUCGCAAACUCUGGAGUUCACAACAAUGACAAUAUGAAAGAUCAACCAGGGUUAUUGUCUAAAUGGACUGCUCUACUGCGAGGAAAGUGUGCCCUCAACCCUGCCAUUCAGGUCCUGACUCCCACACUGUUCCUGAUCUCGGUGCCAGUUAAGGGGCUGAUGGGAUACAAGGAGCGUCGGGCGCGGCGGUGGCGCUACUACACCUUGACCGGCUCGCGGCUGCCGUCGCCUGUGCGCGAGCCCGAGAAGCUGCACCAGUGGCUGGAGCUGGAGAGCUUUGCCAACGUCUCGCAGGAGUGGCAGGAGGCUGCCGUUACCAUCGAGGGCGACGUCGUGCCCGCCAAGGUGGUCAUCGUCUUCAGGGAGCUGCUGGAGGAGGCCAUCAAGAGCUGCUCGCUCACAGGUAAAGUCAGCAUGCUGGAGUCCGUGGGCUCGGUGGUGCGGGUUGCCGUGGAGACGUCUGAGAUACAGGUGGAGGUUGAGCUGGUGCCCACCGUGGAGCUGAUGAACUGCUGGCCCAAGAAAGCUCGAUGGCCCCGCCUCCUCAAAAGAUGGCCGUCCACAGAGCGUGCUCGCUGCCUGAAGUCAUUUGGCUUUAACCUUAUGGCCACCUCAAACUACCACUGGCUGCUGUCCUUCUCGCGGGCGGAGCAAAUGCUGCUGGGAAGCAUCGAUGAGGACGGAGGCUGUCGCCGGAAGUGUUAUCGAGUCGUCCGGCAACUCAAAGAGGAUGUGUGGUGUCCCGGCAACAAACCUGUCAUCACUGCCUAUCACUUACAGACGCUGCUGUUUUGGUCGUGUGAGAAGUACCCUGGCGUGCGCGACUGGAGGACCCUGCGCGAGAGCGUCCUGCGUCUGGCCAAGAAGCUGCACAAGUGCGCCAGCCAGCGCUAUCUGCGCCACUUCUUUGUGCGCUCGUACAACCUGCUCAAGUACACCAACACCAACGAGCUGGACGGCAUGGCCAAGAAGAUCUCGGAGUUUCUGGAGAACCCGGGGACGUACAUACACUGAGUGUGUGUGUGUGAGUGUAUGUGGUGUGAUUGUUCAGCUGAAGUGGGUGCUCACGGAGAGCUAAAGAAGCCUGUCUGUGUGUGUGUGUGUAUGUGUGUGUGUGUGUGUGUGUGUGUGUGUGU